UGAAAAGGCGUUAAAGGGUUUCUUGAAUCAUAAUAAUUUAAAUGAAAUUGAAUCAAUUGCUAAUGAAUAUGGAGCUGAGCAAUUAUUACAAUGUUGUAAAAAUUUUGAACCACCUAAAAAUAAUUAAGUAGGAGAAUUUUCAUGACGGAAUGUGUCAAAAUUUUAUUUAUUAUAUAUAUUUGUUUUAUAAGCAAUCUAUCGAUUUAUCUUUUUUUUUUUUCUUGAUCGCAAAGAUUAUAUUUACUUUAUAUAUUUAUUUUGUUUUGUAUAAAUUGAACAAUAAAAAUGAGUUAAUGAGUUUUGUAUUAUUGUAUGUAGUGUUACUAGUGGUACGUUCAAUAAAAGAUUUAGAAGUGGUUUUAAACAAAAAUUUUAAAUCGUUGUAAAAUGUAAUGUUUCGAUCGAUCUUGGCUGAUUGAAUAGUUUCUAAUCUU